GCUUUCCAGAAGGUCGAUGAACAUGCGAUGGCCGUGUCCUAUCAGGAGCAGAACAGCUUUAACCAACUGAUCUGGCAGUUGAUCUAUGCCAGGAACAUCACUUCUGAUCUGGAGAGAGUGCGUGCAAUCUUCCUCUGGCUCUGCACCAAAGAUCUGCAUCAAAUGAACUUCGAUAAUGUCACACCUGGUUCACCAGAAGAAAUACUAAUGGGCAUUCGCACUGGAAAAUCCACUUAUGCGCAAAUCUUUCAAAUUCUUUGUCGUCGGAGCCCAAUCACGGAGGUGGGUGAAACUGAUUGGUCGAUCGCCGAUUAG